AUGGCAGCAAAAUUUUCUAUGUUUCAACUUUUUAUUAAAAUUCUUGCAAUUUUUCUUUUCGUAGAAGCAUACCAUUGUCGCAAGGAUAAUGCGUGUCUCAAUAAGUCAGCUUAUAAUGUAAAUAUAUUGGAUAAUCCAUUUAACUUAAAGGAAAAUAAGUUAUUAUCAAUAUCUGAAGCAAAAUGUCAUUCAACAAAUGAUUACAUAGAAAAUAGACAAACGAGUAAAGAGGAUGUGACAAAAUUAAUGAUAAAAAAACUCUUCAAAAAAAUGAGCAUUUUGAAAAAACUGGAUAAGCACUGCGAAAAAAAAUUAUUCAAGGCGUUUAGCGAAAUACACAACACUAUGCGAGAUGAUGACAUUAAUUCCAAAAUAUCGAUUAAAAAUGUUUUUAAAAAUGUUUUUUCUAUAUUGGCUAUACCUAUUAUUACAUAUUUGGUGGGGAUUCUUAUCUUAAAAAUGGCAUAUGAAUGGGAAUUCUCUUUAACUUAUGUUUCAUAUUUUUUUUUUGUAUUACCUAUAUUUAUGCUUAUAUAUAUUUUCGUAAAAAUUUUAAAACGUAACUUGUUAAAAAAAGGGAUAUAUAGAGCUACGUUUCGUCAUUAUAUUUACGCUUUACAAAAUAUAUUUAAUUAA